AUGGCAGCACCAGCUCGCAAUCCGGACGCUCCUGCAUCCCCCACCGUCAAGAAGGACGCGCAUGAAUGGAGCAGGGCAGCGCUCGAAGGGGUCUUGGCGAAACGAUUCUUCUACAACCAAGCGUUCGAGAUCUACGGAGGAGUCGCUGGUCUGUACGACUACGGACCCACCGGUGCCGCCCUGCAAGCCAAUAUCAUUGCAGCAUGGCGGAAUCACUUCAUCCUCGAAGAAGAGAUGCUCGAGCUCGACACGACCAUCAUGACACUAUCAGACGUUCUCAAGACUUCCGGACACGUGGACAAGUUUGCAGACUUCAUGUGCAAGGACCUGAAGAACGGAGAAAUCUUCCGUGCGGAUCACCUCGUUGAGGGCGUGCUAGAAGCGCGGUUGAAAGGCGACGAGCAGGCUCGCGAGGCCGAGGCCGGCACUACUUCCAAACCAAAAGAGGAAGUAGCUGCAGAGGGCAGCGAGGACAAGAAAACGGCCAAAAAGAAGAAGAUCAAGAGCGCUGCCGUUAAGCUCGAUGACGCCGUCAAAGCUGAGUACGAGAGCGUGCUGGCCCAGAUCGACAAUUACACAGGCGCAGAGCUCGGUCAGCUCAUCAAGAAAUUCGCCAUCAAGUCUCCUGAGACUGGUAAUGAGUUGAGCGAGCCGGUAGAGUUCAACCUGAUGUUCGAGACUCAAAUCGGACCAACAGGCUAUGUCAAGGGCUACCUCCGACCGGAGACGGCGCAAGGACACUUUGUCAACUUUGCUAGACUUCUAGACUUUAACAACGGUAGGGUUCCUUUUGCAAGUGCGCAUAUUGGCAAGUCAUUCAGGAACGAGAUCAGCCCCAGAGCUGGUUUGCUUCGAGUGAGGGAGUUUGUCAUGGCAGAGAUCGAGCAUUACGUAGACCCGCUCGACAAAAACCACGAGCGUUUCGACGAAGUCAAGCAGGUCAAGCUUCCUUUCUUGCCCAAAGGCAUCCAGCAAUCCGGAAAGACAGACAUCACGACGACUACCAUCGGCGAGGCAGUCGCUAGUGGUAUGGUGGACAACCAGACGCUCGGUUAUUUCUUGGCACGAAUCUACCUAUUCCUGCAGAAGAUUGGCAUCGACACACAGCGCGUGCGCUUCCGCCAGCACAUGGCCAACGAGAUGGCACACUACGCCUCGGACUGCUGGGAUGCGGAGAUCAAGACCAGCUACGGCUGGGUCGAAUGCGUCGGCUGUGCGGACCGCAGUGCAUAUGACCUGACAGUCCACAGCAAGCGCACGCACAAGGAGCUGCACGUGCAGGUGCCUCUGAAGGAGCCUAAGGUAUACGACAAGCUCAUCCCCGAGCUUAACCGCAAGGCUCUUGGACCAAAGUUCAAGAAGGAGGCCAAGGCCGUUGAGGAGGCUAUCGUCGAGAUGGACCAGGAUGCGCUCGGCUCGCUGCAGUCACAACUGCAGAAUGGCUCGGCCAAGGUCAAGGUUGGAUCGCAGGAAUACGAGAUUACACCAGACCUCGUUAAGGUAGAGCUGAAGGUAGUCAAGGAGACCGUUCGGACAUACACACCAAAUGUCAUCGAGCCGUCCUUCGGUAUUGGCCGUAUCUUCUACUCCCUGCUCGAGCACUCGUUCUGGGCAAGGGAAGAGGAUGCAGACCGUGGUGUUCUCAGCCUACCGCCCUUGGUCGCUCCGUUCAAGGCACUCAUCGUCCCGAUCUCCAACAGCAAGGAACUGGCGCCGCUCGUCAAGCAGGUCAGCCGGAAAUUGCGUUCCGCCGGCGUCGCCGCUAGGGUGGACGACAGCAGCGCAACGAUCGGUCGACGGUAUGCACGAAAUGACGAGCUCGGCACGCCUUUUGCUUGUACUUUAGACUUCGCGUCUCUCAGCAAGGGCACGAUGACCCUUCGCGAAAGAGAUACAACUUCCCAACUGAUUGGCCCCAUCGAUGAAGUCAUCUCCGUCAUCAGGACUCUGUGCGAUGGCGAGAUUGACUGGCAGGGAGCGCAGAAGAGGUUGCCGGCCUACAGUGGGCAGCAGGCGCUCGAUUAA